UGGCAUGCUCUCUCUACACACACACACACACUGCAAAAACAGUAGCAACUGUUGCCACAAAUCUUCAAACUUCAAUUUCCACUUUUCUUCUUUCCACUUAUUUUACUAUAUAUACCAAACAUUAAACGCCAAAAGUCUAAUAGUAUCAUUUCAUUUAACUUUUUCCCUGUUAUAGUAUAGUAGCACACCUAAAUCAUUAUUGUAUCUCCAUUUAUUGUUGUGGGCAUUAAAAGAUUAAAUAUAAAUAAGUGUGAUCAUACAUACACCAUCUCAGUUCUUUCUCCUUUUUUUUUUUGAGAGAGAGAGACACUUGUGUGCAUUUGGUUGUGUUUAGAGUGUGUGGUUUGGUGGUGAUGGGGAGAGCACCCUGCUGUGAGAAGAAGGGGCUGAAGAAGGGGCCUUGGACUCCUGAGGAAGAUGACAAGUUGGUGGAGUACAUUGACAAGCAUGGCCAUGGCAGCUGGAGAUUCCUCCCCAAGCUUGCAGGUCUUCUCCGCUGCGGGAAGAGCUGUCGACUGCGCUGGACGAACUACCUUCGUCCAGACAUAAAACGGGGGCCCUUCACCCCCGAGGACGAGAAGCUCGUCAUCCAGCUCCACGCCAUUCUCGGCAACAGAUGGGCAGCCAUUGCCUCCCAGCUCCCGGGCAGGACAGACAACGAGAUCAAGAACCUAUGGAACACGCACCUCAAGAAGCGGCUGAUGCUGAUGGGCAUCGACCCUCAGACCCAUGAGCCCUCCCCGUCCUUGGACGGGGGAGGCUUGCCUUCCACGCAGUGGGAGGGGACCAGGGUUGAAGCCGAGGCCCGUCUCUCCAGAGAGUCACAUGGGGGAGGUGACCACUUCCUCCGCCUCUGGAACUCCGAGGUUGGGGAGACCUUCAGGAAGUUCAAGAUCAAGAACCAAUCCUCGAGCCCAUCCUCCUCUGCUUCGAACAAGUGCUGCUCGAUAUCAGGCACGACCACUGAAGUCGAGCUCAAGGUUGCACGCCCGUUGGUGGAGGAUCCAAGCAGUAAACACAGCGGUUCGAGGGAUUCCAAGAGGAUCAAAUCUGAUGUAGAAGACUCCUCAGAGUCUACACUGCAGCUGCUGCUGGAUUUUCCAAGCAGCAAUGAUAUGAGCUUCUUGGAAGAUGCUGAUUGCUACAACUUGUAUCCAGAUUUUAAUACUGAUAGUUUGUUCCAUUCCUCCCCCCAACAUGGUUUUGUCUAGUUACAAAAUUGGAAGCUCUGUUUUUGUGUGUUUUUGAGCUGCAAACUUUGGUAGCUUUGCAAUGGAAGAAGUUGCACAAA